ACAACAACCAAGCACCAGCUUCGGCAGCUGCGUUCAGUGUUCCGGUCCCCGUUUUUGGUUCCGGGAUCUCGACCUCUUGCUUCCCCGCGCUCCGACCCCGUCUACAAUUACUGCGAGGUGCUCGCCGUCCGACCCAAUGCAUCUCGCACGGCUGCAGGGGCCCCUCCAACGGGCCGCUGCCAGCGGUAGCCGAUCAUUCACCACUGUUCUACGCCCGACGACGACAACGGCGACGACAACGACGACGACCCUCGAGGAGCGAUUUGCCCACCUCCGACUUGCCUCGCCGGCUGCUGUCAAUUCCACCGUGGGGGGGCGGCGCUAUGCCUCAACCAAGUCACAGGGAGCCUACAAGCUCAAGUCCAAGAAAACGAUCCCCAAGAAGAUGGGUGCAAAGAAGACCGGCGACCAGUAUGUCAUCACCGGAAACAUCCUCUACAAGCAGCGCGGUACGAUAUGGCACCCCGGCGAGAACACCAUCUUGGGCCGCGACCACACCAUCCAUGCCGCCGUUGCGGGGUAUGUCAAGUAUUACCGAGACCCGGCCCGUCACCCCAAACGCCAAUACAUUGGUGUCACCUUCAACCGCGAGGAUAAGCUGCCGUAUCCCGUAUCAUCACCACGCCGGCGCAAGCUGAACCUCGUGGCCGUGCCCCGGCAGGUUGAGAAGGUUGUCGAGGAGACCACAGCACCUAGCGGCAUCCCCCGUUCAGUAACGCGGCACGAAGUGGUCGAGAAGGCGGAGACAGAGACUGCCGAGGCGGCGGCAUCGGAGCAGCCCACCAACAAGCCGCAGGAAUUCGUUCCUCUAGCGGACGGCAACUCGAUCGUCGCCAACCUAGUCCGGGACAAGCUCAGGACCAGGUACCUGGCCCAGGCCAAGAAGGACGCGCAAACCCUCGAGAAGCAGAAGGAGCUCGACGCGCGCAAGGGCACCCGCGUGUUCCACCUGCAGCCCGACUACAGCUACCGCGAGAGCAACUGGGAGAUCGGCCGGCUGGUGGGCGACGUCGGCUCCGUGCCGGGUGCCAACGAGGCCGAGUCGAGGAAGGCCAAGUUCCGCCUGCGUAGGAGGAAACGCAUGGUCCACUUCCAGGGAAUCAAGAAGCGCAAGAUGGCCAAGUCCAGCCGCCGCGACGAGUACAGGGUUAAGGUGCGCGAGAAGAGGGCGUCGAGGCUGGCGCAGAGGGCCGAGACCGCGGCUGCCCUCAGGGCUUCCGUCGGCAAGGCUGCGGCUGAGGCCAGCAAGGCGGUGGCGGGGAACAAGAAGGCGGAGAAUAAGGACGAGGUCAAGGCCUGAUUCUUCUUUGAGGUUUUGCCGGUUUGUCUGUGAGAUAGCGGCCGAGUGCAGACAUCCAGGUCGUAUCUUGCAUCCCGACAGGGGCCGUGCGGCCAGAGCCGCUGUACCAUAUUCUGUCAAAAUAGAUUCUGUCGAAAUCCUG